AUGUGCAUUGGAUUGGCCGACACAUUCUUCAACGCAGUGUCCUACUUGACCUCGAGACAUGUUCUUAUACGAGAAGCCUUUCCUCGCAACGGCUCCGAGGUUGCUCAACAGGCGGCAUCGUCGCAGCUAAACCGACCAAUGAAAACCAAACCUCGCUCUUCUAGAACCGAGGCAGAGCCAUGUCGAGACACAGACAGCCUCGGUUUUACUUCGUACAUCGAUCAGCAAUGUCAGGAAACUGUGCUUCAUGGAUCUGAAUGCAUGUCGACGAACAAGACGACUAGUGCGGCGGCGCACAGUCCAGACCCGGCUCUCUGGAGCGCGCCGAGGAAAAGGUCACUCGCAGCACCCAAUGGCGAUACCUUCGCGGCGCCAUGA